UUCAUCAUAAUUUUACACCAAAUAUAAGAUUCACCAAAUUCCAGAAUUAUUAUAAUUUAUUAAAAAACAAAACAAAACAAAACACACACAGACAAAACGCGCGCAGCAUCCAAAACCACAAUAAUAAUAGCGUGGUGUUUAAGUUGAUGGUGUAAGAGUGUGAUGUUCUUCUAUACUCGUUCAAUCCUCAGACUCACCAUAACCCUCUCUUUAACGCGCACCAGACAACUCUCUCUCUCUACGCUCUUCGCACCUCUAAACCUAAAACCCAUCAACUCAAAACUCUCAAACCUCAUGAGGAGCGCCCGUAUAAUAGAUGCUGAAAACCUGUUCGAUAAAAUGCCCCAGAGAAAUACCGUCACAUGGAAUGCAAUGAUUCGUGGGUACUUUCAAAAUGGGUUGUUCGAUAAAGCUAUGUGUUUAUUUAACCAAAUGCCUGAACGUGAUGCUUUUUCAUAUAAUACUAUGAUUUCAGGGUUGAUGCAGAGUGGGAAUGUUGAUGGUGCAAAAGAGGUUUUUGGUGGAAUGGUGGUUAGAAAUGUUGUGACGUGGAAUUCGAUGAUUUCUGGGUAUGUACGUAAUGGUUUGAUUGAUGAAGCAAUGAGGGCUUUUCGUGAUAUGCCAGUAAGGGAUGUGGUUUCUUGGAAUUUGGUGAUUGGGGGACUUGUGAAUUCUGAAAGAAUUGAUAUGGCUGAAUUGUAUUUUAAAGAGAUGGGUGCUAGAGAUGUUGUUUCUUGGACAAUUAUGGUGUCUGGACUUGUAAGAGCAGGACGAAUUGCUGAAGCUCGCAAACUCUUUGAAGAAAUGCCUGUAAAGGAUAUUCAAGCUUGGAAUGUGAUGAUAGCUGGUUAUGUGGAAAAUGGAUGUGUUGACAUGGCAGAAAAUUUGCUUCGAAGAAUGCCUGUCUGUGAUUUAAAUUCUUGGAAGCAGUUGAUAAAUAGAUUGGUGAACAGUCGAAGAAUUAAUGAUGCAAUUAGGAUUUUCAUGGAAAUGCCAGAAAAAUGUCAAAAGGCGUGGAACUCAAUUAUUUUGGGUUUCAUAAGAAAUGGACUUGUCAAGGAAGCUCAUGCAUUUCUUGAGAAAUAUCCCUAUAGUAGCAUAGUAUCAUGGACAAAUGUAGUUGUUGGUUAUUUUGAGAUCAGUGAGAUUGAGAGUGCUUUUAAGGUAUUUGAGUUGAUGACAGAUCGGGAUGCAACUGUGUGGAAUGUUAUGAUAUUUGGACUUGGAGAAAAUGAUCAUGGGGAGGAAGGUUUGAAGUUUUUCAUCAGAAUGAAAGAAUCAGGUCCAUCUCCUGACGAAGCUACAUUUACCAGUGUUUUGACAAUCUGUUCGGACUUGCCAACCUUAAAUCUUGGAAAACAAAUCCAUGCGCAGGCAACUAGAACAGGUUUAAAUCAAUUAACUUCGGUUUCUAAUGCGAUGGUAACCAUGUAUGCAAGAUGUGGAAACAUGCAAUCAGCUUUGCUGGAAUUCUCUUCCAUGCCAACCCAGGAUGUCAUUUCUUGGAAUUCUAUAAUUUGUGGGUUUGCUCACCAUGGAGAUGGUGAAAAUGCUCUUGAGAUGUUUGAAAAAAUGAUGUUAACGGAUAUUACACCCAAUGACAUAACCUUUGUUGGAGUUCUGUCUGCUUGUAGUUAUGCAGGAUUGGUGGACCAAGGUAAAUACUACUUUGAUUAUAUGAAAUAUAAGUGCUUUCUUCAGCCAACAAGUGAACAUUAUACUUGUGUUGUUGAUUUGCUGGGGAGAUUUGGACUUAUAGAUGAGGCAAUGAGCUUUUUAAAUCAAAUGAGAGCAGAUGGAAUUGAAGUGCCUCCAAGCGUCUGGGGAUCUUUGCUCGGAGCUUGUAGAAUCCACAAGAACAUCAAGAUGGGUGAGAUUGCUGGUGAGAAGAUUUUGGAAGUGGAGCCUCAUAACUCUGGUGUUUAUUUAAUUUUGGCAAAAAUGUUUCUUAGUAGUGGAAGAAGAGAAGAUGCUGAGAGGAUCCUGGCUCGAAUGAAGAAGAAUGGUGUCAAGAAACAACCAGGUUGUAGUUGGAUUGAGAUAAAUAAUAGUGGGCACAUAUUUCUUUCAGGAGAUAGUUCACACCCUGAGUUCCUUAGAAUCUGGCGUCUUUUGCACUUACUGCAUAUGCAGAUAGAGAAAGAAAUUUUAAAACCCAUUACUGCUACUAUUGAGUUAACACAAAUUUCCUUUGAUCGAAUGUUAUGGGUGGGAUAAAUUGCUGACUUCAUAUUGAAUGCAAUGACCCAAAAAGGGGAACAGCUAGAGCUCAAGUCAAUUGAAGGCUGAGGGGUCCUGAUGCAUAUGGUUAGGACCCUGGGUAAAGCCGCCCGCUGUAGAAUGAAGGUACUGGAAGAUUGUAGAAAGUUUAUUCUUAUCAUGAGAACAAGUGACAGUAACAAUCACAGGUCGACAAAAAAGAAUUUUGGCUUUGUUGUUCAGUAACCUAUCAAAGAUGGACUUGCAUAUUGCUCAAGUUUGAAGGCAGUAAACUAGCUGUGAGUUUAUGUGCAAAAGAAACUAUAGUCAGAUGCCAUGGCAAAAUCUUAACCUCUUUAGUUUUUUCUGGAGUCAAAUUGUCCACCAGCUGCAAGAGGCUACAAUGUUACAAGGAUUUCCAUCCAGCCUUGAAUUGCAAGGACAAGAUCAGUUGAGUAGUGUCGACCACCCACUCUGCAUUAAACUUCCCAUUCUGUAUUUUCAUAGGAUGGUUAAUAUCAGUAGAGAAUUCAACAAAAUGAGGAAUGAGGUCAUGGUUAACCACAAGCACAGACUUGGAAAUUACCAGGACUUGAUAACACAGCACGUGGACGCAGAACUGAAGUGGAAGAACUGGGUCUUAUAUUUGAUCUAUCCUUCUCGUCAAUCUUCCUAUCAUUCUUCUCUGUUCCUGUCAAUUAAGCAGAGUUAAUAUAGAAAAACUGAAACAGACUUUACAAAGCAAUAAAUGGAUUUACGACAGAAAAUUGUGAAGGUAAAAUUUUAACCUUUGCUGGUAGAAACAGUGGGUGUGACAGUGACUGCAUUAAGCGCAUGUGUCUUUUGAAUUCUUGGAACAGACGGUGGGAAAACAUCUUGACGCUCUUUCACUGUAAAUAUCAGAUAGUAUAGCGAAUUAUUAUGCAAUAAACAAACAUUUCACAAAGAGCACAACAGGGAGCUGAAAAAGAGAAUUGUUUUGGCAUGUUGCUAUGCAUAUUUAUUUCAGAAAGUUUGGGGACUAUGAAUUUAUCUAGUGUUGUAAUUAAAGAAUUUGGAUUAUUCAUUUCCUUUAAUUAUCCUCUUCCUGUAUUUAUCUCCAUCCCCUUCCUCUA